GUAGCUUUUACGUAAUUUUAUUUAUUUAAACUGUAGUUUAGGUAUUAAUAAAAAUGAAAAAGGAAUAUAUUUAUUUUCGGUUGAGGAUCUCUCUCGAGCAUCAUCAUCGACCAUCGCUAUUUUCCGAUUAGAUUCAUAGAUGAACGGCGCAUUAGGUAACUCGUCCGCCUCCGUGAGCGGCGACGGAAACGGCGGCGGAGAAGGAGCUGGAGGACCGGCGCCUUUCUUGGUAAAAACGUACGAGAUGGUAGACGAUUCGUCGACGGACCAGAUUGUCUCCUGGAGCUCCACCAACAACAGCUUCAUCGUUUGGAACCACGCGGAGUUUUCACGCCUCCUUCUUCCGACUUACUUCAAGCACAAUAACUUCUCUUCCUUCAUCCGUCAGCUCAAUACAUAUGGAUUCAGGAAGAUUGAUCCAGAGAGAUGGGAAUUUUCAAAUGAUGAUUUCAUUAAAGAUCAGAAGCAUCUUCUCAAAAAUAUACACAGACGGAAACCUAUACACAGCCACAGUCACCCACCUCCUUCCUCUUCCGCAGAUCUCGAAAGAGCGACGCUGCAAGAGCAGAUGGACAAGCUCUCUCGCGAAAAAGCCGCCAUCGAAGCUAAGCUUCUCAAGUUCAAGCAGCAGAAAUCCACGGCGAAGCAUCAGCUAGAGGAAAUGAGUGAGCAUGUCGACGAUAUGGAGAAGAGGCAGAAGAAGCUUCUUCAGUUCCUGGAAACAGCGAUUCGGAAUCCUGCUUUCAUCAAGAACUUUGGCCGUAAAGUCGAGGAAUUGGAUAUUUCGGCUUACAACAAAAAGCGAAGGCUUCCUCAAGUGGUUGACCAAUCAAAGCCACCUUCAGAAGAUUCUCAUCUUGAUAACAGCAGUGGUAGCUCGAGACCAGAGUCUGGAAACGUUUUCCAUCAUAAUUUCUCGAGUAAAUUGCGAUUAGAGCUUUCUCCGGCGGUUUCAGAUAUGAACAUGGUUUCACACAGUAUACAAAGCUCCAACGAAGAAGGACCUAGCCCUAAAGGAUUACUAUCAGGAAGUGAUCCAAAAGCUACACAAACAAGAAGAGAAGCCUUACCGUUUGCAACUGAAGCACUAGAGCUCGCGGAUACAGGAUCAUGCCCGAGGAGAUUACUGUUAAACGACAACACAAGAGCAGAGACCUUGCACCAGAGGAUAACUUCUUCAGAGGAGACUGAUGGUAGCUUCUCGUGUCACUUAAACCUAACUCUGGCUUCUGCUCCAUUACCGGAGAAGACAGCUUCACAGAUAGCUAAGACAACUCUUAAAAGUCAGGAGAUUGGAAGAUGUACGGAGCUAAACUUCAACUCUAUAGAGACAAGCGCAAGCGAGAGAAACCGGAGUCAUCAACAAGAGGUUGUGGUUGGAGGUAAACAAGCAAACGCAGCUCCUCCGGCUAGAGUGAACGAUGUAUUCUGGGAACAGUUCUUAACGGAGAGGCCAGGGUCUUCGGAUAACGAAGAGGCGAGUUCUACUUAUAGAGCAAAUCCAUAUGAAGAGCAAGAGGAGAGAAGAAACGGGCAUAUGAUGUCACGUAAUACAAAGAAUAUCGAGCAGCUGACUUUAUAAAGUAACUAAAACGGUAAUAUUAACUGAGUAUGGUCUGUGGAUUUGGUAUUUUUUAUGGCUGAGUAAAGUAAAUGAAAAACAUUGGGACUGAAACAGGGUCCAAACCGUAAGUAGCCUUGUUGUAGUUGUAAACUGUUGUUUUUUUUCUUUAUACACAUGUAAUUGACUGUAAAUUUAAGUGCAUAGGAUUUAAAUUGAAUAAGCAGCUUUCUUUUCUUCUUUCCCUGGGUUAUUUUGGUUAGAGAAUAUAUAGCCAUACUGUUUUAUGAAUUAAGCAAGUAACAAAUGUUUAC